GGUACGACCAGGCUGUGGUUUAAAUAAAUUCAUUCUCGGGAAUUAUAUAAAACAGCGCGUUUUUUUAUUUGCCGAUCAGUAGUACCGCAAUAUUUUUAUUGGUGCCAUCGCUAGGAUAAAAAAAGACGAGAAAAGUACUACUGGGGAUUCGAGGUUAUGCACUGAAACACCAUUAAACGAAAUCCUAGCCAAAACUCAGCAACAUGUCGACGAAACUUUUCCUGAUCGCCAUACUACACCUGGCAGCAGUGUACGGAAAACCCUUCACAACCACCAAUCAAUUGUCGGAAAACCCUAUCGUUCCCACUUGCUCUAGUCCCAUUUAUUGCCAGGGAGAACUCUUAAAUGUCGUUCAAAUGUCCGGCAUUUUCAACGACUCGAAAACUUUCGUCGAUAUGAGCCAAGUCAACACAGUCAACGUCACUUUAGACAAUUUCAGUAAACUAAUGGCCAAAACUAACAACGAUCCCAGCAGGCAAGAAGUUGAGCAGUUCGUGAAUGAAAAUUUCAUAAGCCAAGCUGAGACGGUAGAGUGGGCCCCUCCAGAUUUCAACCCCUCCCCAAGCUUUUUGCAGAACAUCAACGAUGAAUCAGUAAGGGUUUUCGCAAAGAACGUUGUAGGCAUCUGGCCGACUUUAGGAAGAAACGUAUCUUCAGAUGUCGAACAGAAUCCUGAGAAACAUUCCAUCAUUCCUAUUCCUAAUGGAUUCAUUAUACCAGGUGGAAGAUUUAGAGAAUCCUACUACUGGGACUCCUUCUGGAUCAUCAGGGGUCUCCUCAUCAGCGACAUGCCGCUCACCGUCAAGAGCAUGCUCAGCAACUUCUGUUACUUAAUCGAAAAUUUCGGCUUCAUCCCUAACGGGGCCAGGGUCUACUACUUAAACCGCUCGCAGCCUCCACUGUUCUCCCUCAUGGUGGCGCUGUACAUCGACCACACCAACGACACGGAUUGGCUGGUCGAGAAUGUCCAGUAUGUCGAGAAAGAGUUGAAUUUCUGGCUGGAUAACAAAACGGUUGAGGUGGAGAAGGAUGGUGAAAAAUAUACGUUGGCUCAUUAUAACUCGAAGAGUAACACGCCUAGGUCUGAAUCGUUUAGUGAAGACGUGAAAACUUGUAAUUUUUAUACAAAUGAGGAUGAUAAGCAAUUGUGUUAUCAAUCACUCAAAACUGGAGCAGAAACAGGUUGGGACUUUUCAAGCAGAUGGUUCUUCGACGACAAUGGCGGUACCAAGAGCAAUCUGAGUCACAUCCGACCCCAAAGACUUAUUCCUGUAGAUCUUAAUUCUUACCUCUGCAAAGGUUUCAGGGAAAUGUCAAAUUUCUACGGAAUUCUUGGCAACAGUGAAAAACAAAACGAAUGGUUGGAAAAAGCUGAUGCUUGGACUGAAAAAAUUCAACUUAUUCUAUACAAUACAGAAGACGGUAUUUGGUACGAUUACGACACAGAACUACAAAGUCCAAGGAAAGACUUCUACCCUAGCAAUUUCGCACCCUUAUGGGCCGACGCCUAUGACACUUCUCUCAAAGAGGAGUACGGCAAAAGGGCGGCAGAGUACUUCGUUAAGGAGGGAAUCGACCAGUUUCCAGGGGGAAUCCCAACGUCGCUAGACCAGAGUGGGGAGCAGUGGGAUUUCAGUAAUGCCUGGCCACCACUGCAAGAACUGGUAGUGCUGGGAUUGAAGAACAGUGGAAACGAUGAGGCUGUAGAAUUGGCUAAGGCUAUGGGCACUAGAUGGGUGGCAGCUAACAUGAAAGGUUACAGCGAGAGUCAAAUAAUGUACGAAAAAUACGAUGCUGUAGCCGCUGGAGAAUUUGGAGGGGGUGGAGAAUACGUCGUCCAAGCUGGAUUUGGAUGGACCAAUGGCGUGGCACUGCAUUUCAUUAAAUUAUUUUAUAGUAGUGAUGAAUAAAUAUUUAUUUAAAAUACA